CCAAUCCAGGAAGAUAAAUCUAAUCCCUGUGUGUGUGUGCGCUCGCGCGCGCGCGUGCGUUAAUCCUUUCACACUUAGUGCUGCACAACAGUUGGAGGAAGUCCAACAGGAGGAGUGUCUAUAAUCUUAUCGGCCGUGAAGUUAAAUACAUUGAGGUUCCGGGUAAAUGAGUAACAACACGGAGGCUCCUCUCUCUCAACCAGCUGGGACUCUUGAAGAUUCACAAAGACACUGAACUUCCCGUGGAAGUAUGUAUGCGGCGCAAACUCAGGCGGAAGCACGAAGUUUGAAAGUAGCCUCUAGUUCGGCAGAGCAACUUCCCCAGAGUCCCACUGGCUUGAAGGGGGCAUGAAACCCCGACAGAACUUUACUCCUCGCAGAGAAGCCACACCAUGGCGUCGUGCGGAAGAAAGAGUCGAACCAAGUUAGUUCUUUGCCUCUUAGGCGUCACUUUGUUGGGGUAUCUGAUAUUUUUCAAACACCCAUCCGGGCACGUCGGCGCUGCAAACCGACGCGAAGUCUCCGCAGAGGGAGAGGAGGAGAACGAGCGGCUGAGGAGGCCCGUUUACGAGAAGCCCCCGCUGGAUUUGAAAGCCCCGGGUGAAAUGGGAAGAGCUGUUAAGCUGAAUUUGAACAAAGAGGAGAGAAUGAAAGAGGAGGAGAGCAUCCAGAAACACCAGAUCAACGCCUAUGUCAGUGACAGGAUCUCACUGCACCGCAGUCUGCCAGAGAGAUGGAGUCCACUUUGCAAAGAGCUCAAGUACGACUACAAGUCUCUGCCUACGACCACUGUGGUGAUUGCUUUCUACAAUGAGGCCUGGUCUACCCUGCUGAGGACGGUCCACAGCGUGCUGGAGACUUCUCCUGACAUCCUCCUCAGAGAGGUGGUGCUGGUGGAUGACUACAGUGACAGAGAUCACCUAAAGGAGCCACUGGAGAAGUACCUCUCAGGGUUGAAGAAGGUGCGUUUGAUCCGGGCCACAAAGAGGGAGGGGCUGGUCCGAGCCCGGCUGCUAGGGGCAUUCAUUGCCAAAGGCGAUGUGCUGACUUUUCUGGAUUGCCACUGUGAGUGCCACGAGGGCUGGCUCGAGCCGCUGCUCAAGAGGAUCAAAGAGGAGCCCAAAGCCGUGGUGUGCCCCGUCAUUGACGUGAUCGACUGGAACACCUUCCAGUAUUUAGGCAACUCCGGCGAACCUCAGAUUGGUGGUUUUGACUGGCGGCUGGUUUUUACAUGGCACACAGUCCCAGAAUAUGAACAGAAACGCCGUAACUCGCCCACUGACGUCAUCAGAUCUCCCACUAUGGCAGGCGGUCUGUUUUCUGUGAGCAAAAGUUACUUCCAUUACCUGGGGACAUACGACACAGGAAUGGAGGUUUGGGGAGGAGAAAACCUGGAGUUUUCUUUCAGAAUUUGGCAAUGCGGGGGUAGCCUGGAGAUCCACCCGUGCUCCCACGUGGGUCAUGUGUUCCCCAAAAAGGCCCCUUACUCACGGAGCAAAGCGUUGGCAAACAGCGUGAGGGCGGCAGAGGUGUGGAUGGAUGAGUACAAGGAGCUCUUUUACCAUCGCAACCCCCAUGCUCGACGGGAAGCCUUUGGAGAUGUGACAGAGAGGAGGAGACUGAGAGAGAAGCUGGGGUGCAAAAACUUUAAGUGGUAUCUGGAUAACGUCUACCCCGACAUUUUUGUCCCACAUGAUCGACCGGGCAUGUUUGGAAUGCUGAAGAGUCGAGGAAAGACCAACUACUGUUUUGACUACAAUCCUGGGGAUGACCAGGUGCUGGAAGGUCAUAGGGUCAUCCUCUAUCCAUGUCACGGCAUGGGUCAGAACCAGUUUUUUGAAUAUUCAGUCAAUGGGGAAAUAUGCUACAAUACCAGAGAUCCUGCUGGAUGUGUUGUGCAUGACAGCAUCAGCACUUACCUGACUGUCCUACAGUGCGAGAAACGAGGACGACCUGUUCCCAUGGACCAGAAAUUUAUCUUUCGAAAGGAUGGGACUCUGCUCCAUGUCCAGACCCAGAAGUGCAUUGAAGCAAUGGACCAGACCGACGAUGGGACACCAGCCCCGGCUCUGCAGCCCUGCUCUGACAUCCUUCGCCAGAAGUGGUUUUUUGAGGAGAAGCUGUAAACACUUUGUAUAUAUGGAGCAUCUCACCUGCUGAGGAUUCCUCUCUGAUCCCCCUUCCUAAUCAAACAACUUAAUCUUCCAUGCAAUUGCAACAAAGUUCAUAUUUUCUCAUGCAUGCAGUGCACAAAACUGACAAUAGGAAUUAUGACGAUUUUUCAAAGUGGGCCAGACUUGGUCUAAGACUAAGUGAUGAUCUAAAUUGCAUAUGGUGGCAUUCUGUCCAUUUUAUUGCUGUUGCAGAGACUCUUUCAGCUUCCUGUGCAGAAAUAAGGACGCCGAAACUUGUGCAUCAAUCCGACGGAAAUUAUGCAUUUAUAAAUCUGCCAAAAGAGCUUUUUAAAUGGCUGGCUGAUAUUUUUUUCUGAGCACAUCAUGAGGGCCUCUUUCUUGAUAUUUGGAUUUUCUCCUGUAGAGGGGGCUAACACUCCUCUCUGUGUUUGAUCCUUUCUGUCAGUGUGUCCUCGCUUCAUCAUGUGCCAGUAAGGACAAAUGAUUGGGUGUUUUAAUAGGAACCUUUUGAAAAGGUUGACUGCUUGAUGCUUCUUUAUAGCAGAAACUUAAAAGCAAAGUCAUAGAUCGCAGGUGUUAUGCGAUCCUAACCAUAACGCAUUACUACUGAAAACAUGGAAAACCACUCUGUUACUCGGCUUUGAUGUCACAUUUCACAUGAAGUGAAAUGUCCUGGGUCAUUUUUGAACAGUUCCACUCAAAAGUUUUCAUACACUCAUCAUUCACAUUGAAUGCCAUUUAUCCUUUUAUUUAAACUGUUGUUUACCAGGGCUCGCUAUUAUGUGACCUGCAACUUUGCCAAUUUGAAAACACAAGAGUCAGACUUUGAAUUUAUUUUAGAUUUUCCCUUUUCCAGUCGAAACACAGGCUCAAAUUUAUACAUUCUGCUCUAUUAAUAUUUGAGUAAAUGUCCCUUAGCAGGUUGCAGACAAACAUUGUAAUUCUUUGUUGCCCCUGAUGAGAUUCAGGUAUUGGACUACUUCUUUCAUUAAAAAUUAUGGAGCUCAUUUAAGUUGCUUGCUUUCCUGGCAUGAACUUAGCUUUUAAUCAUAGUUUAUAAAUUUUCAAAACAGUUGAGUUUAAGGCCAUAGAAGAAGCGUAACAGUCACAAGUUUUAUGCCCUCUCAAACCAGUUUUGAUGUGUGUUGAGAAUCUUUUCCUGUUGGAAUUACUGUGUCUUAGAUUUUAGAUUUAUAUAUCUGUCAUCUGCACAAUAACAACGCAGUAGUGAAAUGUGUUGUGGUGCCUGGAGCCAAAGAAAAAGACAAAACAGCAAAGGAAAGCAGGAGUUCACACAGAACAGCACUUAGUGCUGCCACUAUUUUUGCCAUUAAUUUGAGCAAAAAUUAGUGCUGCCACUAUUUUUGGCGUUAAUUUAGGUUCGAUCUUAUUUUACUUCUCUAAACUUUCUUCCAAUUUAUUUUGGCCAAAAAGCUUAACAUUUGUCUCAUUUGAACAUGGAACGUUCCUUCAGAGGGCCUUUACCAUUUAUGCUGCUGUGAAUCUCCCAGGUUAUGACUGGCUGGAGUUUUGGAGAUUCCUGGAUUAAUCCAGAACAAUCCCAACCAUUUUCAAAAUGGUUGGUGACCCAAAUCACAGUGGGGAGUUUGUCAGACUGUAGGGUGUUCCAGCCUCAUAAUAAUCCCAAACCAGUAUCAAACCUGGUUUUAGAAUGAAUAAACAUUGAGCUGCUUGAAUUCAAUCUUGUAAAAAACAAAAGAACUAUCAUUUAAAACCAGUUACGUCCAAGGAAGCCAACCAAUUUAAAUAAAUUCCACCAGGAAAUAUUGAUUUAGAGUUGUCAACAAGAACAUUUGUCUACUUAUUUGUGGGUUGUAAUAUAUUUAAACCUACACACUAUAGGUCAAAAACUUUGGUUACAAGAUGCAACUCCCACAAAAAUCACCAGUAUACUUUGCAAGAGAUAAACAUAAUUCGUAUGUUAAGAAUGGCACAUUUAUGAAGGCCCUUUUUUUGGACUUUGCUUUCUUCUUUGAAACUUCUUCUGACUUUUAUAUCAGUAUUAUAGUAUUUGCUCAUUUUGCACUGAAGCUGUGCAUACCUUGUCAACCCUAAACUCAAAGCUCUAAGCAAAGUCUGAUCUUAUGGUAAAUAAAUGCCAAAAAUCCUUAGAACUCCUACUGGUUUCUGAGAACAGCAUUGCAAGCAAUAAACUAAAAGUUGCUGACAACUUUUUGACCUGAAUGUAUCCAUAUUGUGGCCCAGAGAGGAUUUCCGAAAAAAUGCACAGUAAAAUUCGAACUUGUUCAGCCGGUUUGUGUUUUUAUAAGCUCUAUUUUGAAUGGUAGAACCGUCAUAGACUGACGGGAAACAUUUGAAGCAGGGUCAAAUUAAUUCCAUGACUGCAUGUGAACUUCUGAGUGAAACUGUAAAUUCCAGUUUAGUGGCUGAAAUACUGUAUACAGUAUCUUGGCUGCAAAUAUAUUCUUUCAGUUUUGUGUUCGUAAAAGGUUUCUUUAAAGCUUCUCGUCAUAUUUGCCGUAACAAGAGUUAAGUCAUCUGGUGAUGGUUGCAGACCAACAUCAUUCUGCACUGAAAUCAGAGUCGUAGUGUUCUAACUCGCCCAUGUGUGUCUAUUUAUAAAUACAUUAAAGUUUGUGUUACAUAAUUUAAUAUCAGUGGAGGAAAAAAGCCUCUCGGUGAGAUAAAUCAGUAUUGCUAAGAUCGCAAGAAAAGAAAUUGGCUGCACUCCAAAUGUUUGCACAGGCCUGGGGUUCUUCCAUUGCUAGCACAUGUUUUUACUCUGGCGGGUCACACUGAUGUGAAUACUGACGCUGUUUCAGCAUUCAUCCGUCAGAAUGGACUAUUCCUUACUUGUGUGGGUCUCCCUCAGGCCAUGCGGAGGGAAACAGCAGAGGAGUAGACAGUUGUCGGUGUCUCCAGAGUGCCGCCAUGCCAGAUGGCUUCCUGAUUGAUUUUCAGGGCUGCUCCCAAUUCUUUAUCACAUUUUCCCCCUCCUCUCUAUGUCACCAGGUCUUUAUAUUUUGCACCUGUAUAUACACAUUCUGUGGGAAAAAUAGAAAGCGAAAUCAGGAGUACAUUUUUGAUAAUAGACCUGAGUGAAUGAAGCAAUCUGUGACCUCUUCCAUACCAUUAACCUUCACAGGCUCUUUCACCAUCAGCCUCAAAUUACUGCUGUUAGAAACUAAUGGUAAGAGACCAUCAUGCUGGAAAAGAUUUUCGAUAUUGAUUCAGAGUGUUUGUUUACAAGAGUCUAAAUGGAAGCGUUUUCAGAACACUAACGCUGGGAAUUGAGCUGGACUAGAAGCCGUUCGUUCUCGCGAAAAUGAAAUUAAUAAGAUGAAGAAGCACGUGCGCUGCUGUUACAGGAAGUUGAUAACGUCUGUACAGUUCAGCCAACGUCGCGCAAGCCCACAGACGCAGCACCAGAUAUUUGCUACCAUGCACUUAACGCUUAAGGGUUUUAUUGCACUGUGCAGAGCAAUGGAAGAAUGAACUGAGAUAGCUGUGUUGGGCUGGAGGGAAGCACAAAAUAAGCACCAAGCUUAUUGAAAUAUGGAUGUAAUUACUGGGCUUCAGUUCCCUGUAGUCCAUAAGAAGGCUUUUUGUUAGGAUUAUAAGUAGUACACUGCUAAGUGAAGUGGACCAAAUGACCGGUGGGGACAGUAUCAAUCAUAGUAGGAAACAAGAAAUAUUUUUGUCACAAUUGUGUGAUGAUAAAACAGCCAAAGUGAGGUGAUCAAGUUUAAUAAUAUAACUGUUUCAGUUUAUAAGGUUCAUUGCUAACAUGUCUGGUUAGCCUAUUCUAGUGAAAAGCGAUCACCUUGCUGUAGUUUAUUAAUGGACAUUUUUUGACUUUUUUUUUCUUUUAAGUAAGACUCAUGACAACAGGAAAUACAACACGUAUUUACUGUUGUUCUCUUGGCUUUCUGAGUAAUAGAGCUGAUUUACCAGAAAAUGCUCAAACUGCUCCUUUCACUGAUUUAUCACAUAUAUGGGAAAAAAUGUAUUUAUUGUAUCUGUGUUGCCAUCUGUUUUCGAACCAUUUGAGUGUUAGUUUGGAUGCUGAUUUGAUGUGCUACAGGUUUCAGCUGCACUGUUUCGCCAGUUCAAGAUUAUAUGUCUAUGUCGUAUCGUAUUUCUUUUGCAUAGCAGCCAAACCUGUGUCAACAACAUAUUCCGUGACUUGUCGGAGAGAUGUUAUAAUGUUGUCGUAUUUGACCAUGCACUGUUUCACAAUAAUGCAGAGGUUCCUAUUUGUAAUGACAACAACUUGCAGUGGGAGAUGUUUGUUUGUUUUUUUAUGUUAUUGCUGGCAACUGUGAAGGUGUAAAAUUCCUCAAAAAUAAAUUUUAUAA